AAUCAAUAACUUGUCUACCAAGAUACUAAGCUUCCUCAUUCAAACCAAUUUCUCCCUAUUGUUGACUCAUUCUUUCACAAUGGCUGCCACAGGUCUUCCGGCUGGCUGGGAGGUUCGUCACUCCAACUCCAAGAACCUACCAUACUAUUUCAACCCCGCGACCAAGGAGUCGCGUUGGGAACCACCUGCGGAUACGGAUACCGAAACCCUUAAAGAGUACAUGGCGACUCAUCACUCUGCUACGACCCACAACGAUGUUGGUGGACAAGGAGAGGGAAAGAUCCGCUGUAGCCACCUGCUCGUGAAGCACCGUGACAGCCGUCGCCCUAGCAGCUGGCGUGAGGCUGAGAUUACCCGCUCCAAGGAGGAAGCAAUUGAGAUCCUCAAAGGUCAUGAGCGGCGUAUCCAGUCUGGAGAAGCAACUCUGGGUGACAUUGCCGUCUCCGAGUCUGAUUGCAGCAGCGCCAGGAAGAAGGGUGACCUUGGCUUCUUUGGACAUGGGGAGAUGCAAAAGGAGUUUGAAGAUGCUGCCUUUGCUCUCCAGCCCGGUCAAGUCAGCGGCGUUGUAGAAACGGCUUCUGGUGUUCAUCUCAUUCAACGUGUUCAGUAAUCUAGCUGCCAUCUACAAGAUUGAUACUUGAUCGACAAAGUUGGUUUUCUUGGUCUUUCUUUUUGGGGUUUGGAUACUUUUGGGAUUGUACGGUUGGGAUUGGAACUGGGACUAUGUUGAAACGGCCAAAAGGAUCUAUGUCUCUCCACGGAGCACUCCUGAUACAGCCUCUACAUUCCAGCAAGCACUUUGUUGGAAGGUGCUAGGUAACACUGUGAAGAACUGAAAAUAGAAUAGUCUCACACAGCUGAAUGAUACCAGAAUGACCUAUGGGUAAUGCAAGUCACUGAGAAGUCUCGCAGCC